GGUGGAGACACAACAAAAAACAAUUCGUGAAGCUUAGAGAACAAUUGUGGUGUAUUGCACAAUUGGUGCAAUUGGUGAUGACGCUACCAAUUUUUCAUUUCCAGGUAUUCGCAAACCCAUCACAAGCUGUUGUGUGACCAGGGCCUAAACUUAGAAUACAGCAUAUCAGAGAUUCAUUCUAGCUUUUUAAAGAAAUGGAUUCCUUCCUGUAGUGAGACUGUAGAUAUCACGUGGCUCCCCGACGUCACUUCUACAGGGCAGCCGGAAGUGCUCGUGACGUCACCGGCAAACGGCAACAACGACGACGGUGUUGCAACAAUACGGUUACAUUUUAUCAUCAACUCCCUGUCCGGUCUUUUUUUUUUAAUAUAUAAAUAUAUACACACAUCAAAAGGGAUACAAUCGAAACGGCUACUUUUCGCGCACAGUGAAGGAAACGACGUUUGCGUGUCGUUUCUGGUGUCUUUCAUUAUGUCGAACCGUCUGGCCUUUCAGACUCAGCUUGCCUCCAUCAUGGAGGUCCUGGCGAACGCAGCCGUGGCAGAAAUCUGUAAACUGGUGGACGAUGACUACGCGGUGAUUAAUCUGCAGAUGUCUCAGUGCCAGCGCGAAAACAAGGCCCUGAAGAGGAAACUUCAUCUGAUGGAGCUGCGAAUGGCCCGAGGUUACGCCGAAAGGAGAAUCCGAGAAAGCUCAGGAAAUCGCUCCAGCCGAGUCCAAGUGAGCGCAAAUCUCUCAUCAGACAAAUACAGAGCUCCUGUUGCUGAUAUUUUUCCAAAUCAAGAUGAACUCUUCGGGAGGCAGUUAAACGAGGAUGUUUGGAGAGAUGAGGAACCUUCCAGUGUAGACGUGCCAAUUGGGCAUCCAGUCAUCAAACAUGAUGAGAAUGGGCAUGAAGACUCCAGCCAGGCUGGACCAAACGCUGUACUUGUUAAGGCUGAGACAUCUGACGAGAGCCACACACAGCAACAACUAUUCAUUCGAGAAGAUGGAGUUGCAGAACCUGUGUGUGAGGCUGUGGAGGCAGAUUAUGGUGCUGCUAAAGUGGAUAAAGUGGAUGGUCAGAACUCCAGGACACAGCACGAGGCUUUGGAGCACCAAAAGACAGAUGAUGAAGAGCCAGAUGUGCUGUUCAUCAAGGAAGAGCAUUCAGAGCUGGAGGAGCAAGAAAGCCAGACACAUGGUGGCAUGACCCUGCAAGACGGAUUUGUGGAGUCCAGUACAGAUGUCUGUGGAAACGGAGUCUCUUCCUCGCCUGCACAGCUCACAUUAGCCCUCAGUGCACCAGAGUCUCAUGAGCUGGAGUCAUCCCUUGUGAAAGGUGAAAAAAGUAGACUUCAAGAAGAACACCAAGGAACUUCCAGUCAGUCAACUGACAUGCAGAUUACUAUACAGAAUGUGGUAGACUCCCAGACUGCUGGGUCUCUGUGUUCACGUGAGCCAGUUCUUCCUCAGAAAGAAGUCAAAGUGUGGGAUAUUCCGAAUUCCCAGUCUCAUCUCCAAGGGCCGGAUGAGAACAGCAAUAUCUCACUUUCAAACCAGAAUGCUGAGAGAAAAACAGUAGUGUCUGUCGAUGUGCUAGGAACGAAUAGUUUGGCGUAUGAGAGAGCGAAGGAGCUGGAGACUUCUUUUCCACGAUGGGCUGCAAAUAGCCCUUCUGACAGUCAGCCAUCUUGUUCUUAUAUUGUGGAGGUAGAGCAAGACCAAGACUGUGUUCUGGUACAGCCAGGACCAGUAUCUGUAAGGGGAAGGCACAAAGGAGCUGCAUCAAAUAGGCUUCAGGAUGCCAGAGAGCUUCAUAGGGUGGAGGCAGAGUGGAGCACAGUCACUCCUUCAAGUCAAGCCCAUACUCAGCAGUUCAGUCACUUCAACAGGACUCGAUUAGAUGCAGCAAACCGAGCAAAUCUCACUCAGGCUAUUCCAAACUUAUCACAUCCUGGGGUUUCUCUCGCUGGGCUACCGCUUCCAAGACGCAUGGAGAAGGGCAAAAGGAAAAGUUAUAUCUGUAGGUACUGUGGAAAGGCUUUUACUGGGCAGUCUAACUUAGAAGCUCAUCAACGCAUCCACACUGGAGAGAAGCCUUUCAAGUGCGAGACCUGUGGGAAGCUCUUUACAGAAGCAGGAAAUCUGAAGAAGCAUCAGAGAGUUCAUACGGGAGAAAAACCCUUUGUGUGUAAUCGCUGUGGGAAGCGUUUUGCCUGGAUUUGCAAUCUCAGGACACAUCAGCAGUCAGCUUCCUGUGGGGGAGUAUAAGGAGGGGAAAAAAUCUGAUCUGAUCACUUGCAUUGUGAUCAAAAAGUGCAACUAUUCACACACAAUCUGUACGCUUGGUAAAAAUGGUUGGAUAAGUGAAAUCCGAUAAGUCCAAUUUAGUAAUUAUUAGACAAUGACAAAAAGUGUUUGAGCAUAGUGACUCCAAACUACAGUGUGGAGGAGGAACGGGCAAUAUGAUAUCUUGAUAUAAUAACAUCAUGAUACACUUUUUGUCUAUAUCAGUAAGGUGUCAGUGCUUUUAUACCUCCAUUGUUACUCUGAAAUGUAAGUGACUGGACAUUAUUUUGUACCAGUUGUUUCAUUUCUCCCUCUUUUUUCCUUCAUUAAAUGCUGCAGACAAAGAUUUCUGAGCAUAUAAUGGAUUGUGUUGGCCUGGUUUGUUAGCAAAAUCAUACUGUGUAUCAUGAAGGUGUCUAAGUAUCAUGAUAUGAUAUUUUUGCCCUUGUGUGGAUAAGCAAGGAUGUGAACAGAGUUUGAAGUUGUAAAAGACACACGGUGCUUUUCUCUUUAUUGGUUUGGUGCCUUAAUUAUUCCCUGUAAACUUGGUCUGCUUUAAGAUUUCAGAAAUUGCAAACACCAUUCUACCUCUUGAAUUUUUCUCCGGACAAAAACAGAGCAAUAUGUUUGAACCAGAUGGAAGAAAAUCCAGUUAUGAUUCAACACCAGAACAUGUUCAUCUGUUAAAUUCGCAGUGUACCAUGAACUCCAGUGUAUGCUGACUCACUGUAAAAUAAUGAAAUGGAUAAGAUCACAUUAAAUCUU